UUUUUAUUUUUUCGAAUCGAACACAAAUAACUUUAAACAUAUUUAUAAAUAAAACACUGAAGUGACUGUGGGUGUUAUUCAAAAUUUUAAUGUUUUAUUUUUAUUUUUUGGUGAUUGGACAGUGAUGCGGACACAGACUUAGUGAUUUAGUGCAUCCCGUUUAGAAUUGAACUAUCACAAUGUUGACCGGCUGGCAGUUACUUUUAUCGAAAUUUUUCUUCGUACCGCAACGAUGGGUGAUGGCAGUGAUGGGUUUCCUGGCGGUGGCCAACGCGUACACCAUGCGGGUGUGUCUCAACAUUGCCAUUACGCAAAUGGUGCGACGGAAGGCCGCAUCCACCGGCUACAAUGAGGGUUCGUGCCCGGCUGAGAUCGAGGAAACCACGGCCGAUCCUAAUGAUUUAUCUGGUUUCGACUGGAACGAAGAAACCCAAGGAAUAAUACUCAGCGCGUUCUACUACGGGUACAUAGUGACGCACUUGCCUGGAGGCAUGCUGGCCGAGAGGUUCGGCGGCAAAUACUCGCUUGGUUUCGGGGUGCUAAGCACGGCCGUGUUCACCUUGCUGACGCCGUGGGCGGUCAGCAUGGGGGGCGCCACUGGACUUAUUGUGCUGAGGGUUCUGGAAGGACUGGGAGAGGGUACCACAUUCCCAGCAUUAAACGCCAUGCUGGCUCGCUGGGCCCCCAUCACCGAGCGGGGCCGGAUGGGCUCACUAGUGUUCGGAGGAGCGCAGAUCGGAAACAUCGCCGGCACUUACCUUUCCGGGCUCAUCAUGAAGGAGACUGGCGACUGGCAGUCGGUGUUCUACCUCUUCGGUGCUGUUAGCAUACUGUGGUUUAUUCUAUGGUCGGUGCUCUGUUACAACGACCCCGAGUCCCACCCCUUCAUUUCCGACAAGGAGAAGAAAUAUCUGGAGGAGGCACUGGGCAGCCACCGAAACAGUCAACCUUCGUCCAUCCCGUGGAAGGCCAUCUUCAUGUCUGUGCCGUUGUGGGCCCUUGUGUGUGCCCAGAUCGGCCAUGACUACGGCUACUUCACGAUGGUGACGGACCUGCCAAAAUAUAUGACCGGAGUGCUAAAGUUCGACAUCCACCGCACUGGGACGCUGGCGGCACUCCCGUACGCAGUCAUGUGGAUAUGUUCCAUCGUGUUCGGCUGGAUGUGCGACAAGAUCGUCAAGCACAACUGGAUGACGGUUACUAAUGCCAGGAAAACGUUUACAACGAUAGCGUCAGUAGGCCCAGGAAUCUGCAUGAUCCUGGCCUCAUACUCCGGCUGCGACACGACGACCGUGGUGAUCUUGUUUACCGCCUCCAUGGCCCUUAUGGGGGCCUUCUACCCCGGCAUGAAGGUCAACGCGCUGGACCUGAGCUCCAACUACGCGGGCACCAUUAUGGCCAUCGUGAACGGCAUCGGGGCGAUCACAGGCAUCAUUGCUCCGUACUUAGUGGGGCUGCUGACGCCUGAUAGCACCUUAGUGCAAUGGCGCCUCGUAUUCUGGAUAACCCUCGCCGUGUUCAUCGUGACGAACCUGGUGUUCGUGGCGUGGGCCUCCGGCGACGAGCAGUGGUGGAACAUCACCGCCCAGGACCCUCGGAAGCAGCAGGAGGCCGAGAUGACGCGAUCCGUCAACGCGGAGAUCAAAUUGUAACUAUUAGGAUGCACGA